AAGUCCAAGUUUUGCUCCUUCUCUGUCACAUUUCAGCUGCACUUGACAACAGGAAGGCAAGCAGGAGGGUAGCAGAAGUAUUACCACAGCCCAAGGAGACUGGAGCAGGAAGGGUUUCAAACAGAACUGGUGUGGAUCAGUUUUUGUUGUCUCACAGGAAGAAACUCAGCUAUCUCCACGGCCACGGCCCUCUAGGACAUCUUCCUGUGGAACCAACUGCUAGGACCAACCUAAGACUUGCAGGCACAGCAAUGGAGAAUUUGAAUGUCCCGAUCCCAGAUCUUACUGAAGAACAGCAAGAUGAAAAAUUGAAACUUCUGAAGAGUUUGGAAAGGAAUUUUGUAUAUUCAGAAGAGGACAAAAAGUCUGAAAACUCAUCCCAGGAGUCCAUGGAUGAAGAUACACAAGACAGUGAUGAGGAGGAUUUAGGAAGACAGAAGAGUGAAGGCCAGUUACUUGGAGGAAUACCAGCAGAGGUGGUUCCCUACAGAGAUUCAGAGAUUGCCAGAAGAGAGGAUUCAGAUGUAGAUGCAUAUGAGAAGGAGACCACUCACCCCCCUCAGUGCACAGUACGGUGGAUGGGCAUACGGAAGGAUGAUGAAUUCUUUCAUUUUGUCAUUCUUUGCUUUGCAAUUGGAGCUUUACUAGUUUGCUACUACUACCACAAAGAUUGGAUAAUUUCUCUUGGGAUUGGUUUAAUCACCUUUGCUUCCCUGGAAACCACUGGGAUAUACUUUGGUCUAGUGUACCGAAUUCGGAGUGUCCUUGACAGCUUUGUUCCUCUGAUUGACAAAUUCAGGCCAAGAGGCAUGAGGAAAGCUGCCUAGGAGGAGUAUUUCAGGAGAGUUCCCCAAACCUGGCUGUCCAAAUUUCCAGUACUAAAGGAACUGCUUUGUGAGGUGAACCUAACAACCAAAUGGCCAAUGUGAAAUACUGAAAUGUGAAACCUCUGAAAAACAUGACUCCUUUCCCUCCAAAAUAAACCUGAAACUGGGGUACAGGGCCCCACUCUGGAUUCCAAA